AUGGAUGAUUACUCGAGGGAGAUGGAACAAGGAAUUAAUGGCGGCGGCGAUCCGUACAAUAAUUUAAAAUCACGCAGCGUCUGGUUCCCGGGGCCGGUGAUCGUCGGGGCGGGCCCGUCGGGGCUGGCGGCGGCGGCUUGCCUGAAAUCGAAAGGGGUGCAAUCGCUGGUGAUCGAGAGGUCCAAUUGCAUAGCUUCUUUGUGGCAAUUGAAGACCUACGACCGCCUGAAAUUGCAUCUGCCGAAGCAAUUCUGCGAGCUGCCGCUGAUGCCUUUUCCGGCGGAUUUUCCGACGUACCCUUGCAAAGAGCAGUUCAUCCAGUACUUAGAGGCGUACGCCGACAAGUUUGAGAUCCGGCCGGCGUUCAAUCAGCGGGUAGAGAGGGCGGAGUUCGACGGGAAGUGGUGGAGGGUGACGGCGUCGACGGCGGAGGGGGCGACGGUGGAGUACGCGUGCCGGUGGCUGAUCGCGGCGACGGGGGAGAAUGCGGAGGCGGUGGUGCCGGAGAUUGAGGGGAUGGCGGAGUUCGGGGGGCACGUGAUGCACACGUGCGGGUACAAAAAUGGAGGGGCGUAUUCGGGGAAGAAGGUGCUGGUGGUGGGUUGUGGGAAUUCGGGGAUGGAGGUGUGCCUGGAUCUGUGCAACCACAAUGCGGCGGCGGCGCUCGUGGUCCGGGAGGCAGUGCACGUGCUGCCCAGGGAGUUCCUGGGGAGGUCCACCUUCGGGGUGUCUAUGUGGUUGCUCAAGUGGCUGCCGGUCCGCCUGGUGGACCGGCUUCUGUUAGUUGCAGCACGUGUGGCGCUAGGGGAUACCGCCCGGUUCGGGCUGGAUCGGCCCCGGAUGGGCCCGCUGGAGCUGAAGAACCGGUCGGGGAAAACUCCUGUGCUGGACGUGGGAACUCUUGAGAAAAUUAGGACUGGGGAUAUUAAGGCA